AUAUUUGAAAUUCCUACAUACGUGUGUCCCCUCUGAAAUUCAAAUUAAAAUCUACCAACAAUCAGAUUCUCCCAAUUAGGGCAUUUCCUCCAUUACCAACCAACAAUAAAACCGCAACAAUGGCGGCAAACAACAUCAACAACAGCAAAUCGCAAUCGCAAUGGAGCUGAAGAACGCCCUUUUCUCGCCCAAUUCCAUAAUCCGGACACCAACUUUUCGGACAAAGGGAUCCAUCACAUUCGCAUAUUCCUUCGCCUUCAUCUUCCUCGCCUGCACAAUCAUCUUCCUCUUCGGAAACUCCCACGUUCAUCAAUCUUCUUCUCAGUGGUUCAAAAACGUCAUAAAAAACAGGUCGCAACUCUCUUCCUAUUUCCCGCACCAUAAUCAUUUAUCACAGCAGAAUCUUUCCAGGGCAAAAGAUUCCGUUUUUAACCCGGAAUUAAACCAAUCUCGUGUUUCUUCAAACGGUUCGAGAAAUGCGACUUUGUCCGAAGGGAAAUCGACGGCGGCGAAGAAGAAGAAGAAGAAAAAAAGAUGGGUUGAAUUGAUGAGCAAAUGUGAUGUGUUUGAUGGGAAAUGGGUGAGAGAUAAUUCUCCCCCCUUUUACGAACCGGGUUCUUGCCCUUUCAUCGACGAAUCGUUUAACUGCUAUUUGAACGGAAGGCCCGAUACCGGUUACGAGAAGUUGCGUUGGCAGCCGAAUCAUUGCAAUGUGCCUAGAUUCGACGGUGGCAAGAUGCUUCGGUUCUUGAAAGGGAAGCGGAUAGUUUACGUGGGCGAUUCUUUGAACAGAAACAUGUACGAAUCGAUGGUUUGUUUGUUGCGGAAUUCGGUUAAGGAUAAGAGCAGAGUGUUUGAGGCUUCUGGUAAACAGGAAUUCAAGAAAGAAGGGACUUACUCCUUCCUAUUCCCGGAUUAUAAUGUUUCGGUGGAAUAUAUUCGAUCAGCUUUUCUAGUCCAAGAAUGGGAAAUGCCAAUAGAAAACGGUUCGACUAAAGAAACACUUCGGCUCGACCGUGUUGAAAAAUCGUACGAUUUGUAUAAAGAUGCUGACGUGCUUGUAUUCAACACCGGGAACUGGUGGACCCAUGAGAAAACAUCCGAAGGGAAAGGAUACUAUCAAGAAGGCGACCAUGUUCACGAAAAACUCGACGUUGUCGAAGCAUUCGAUAAGGCAAUGUCCACUUGGGCAAGAUGGGUCGAAUCCAACGUAGAUCCGAAGAAAACCCGUGUUUUUUUCCGAGGUUAUUCCUUCUCUCAUUUCAGUAAAGGAGAGUGGAAUUCCGGUGGACGAUGUGAUAGUAGAGAGCCGAUCAAGGAUGCGAAGGAUCUGUUGAGUAUAGAAGAAUUGAGUCCUCCGAUACCGCAAAUGCUCGAUAAGUCGAUGGAGAAGCUAAAGUCACCCGUGGUUUACCUAAACGUUACGCGAAUGACAAACUAUAGAAGCGAUGCGCACCCUUCGGUUUAUAGAAAGCCGAACGCGACGGUCCAGGAGAAACGCUUGUUCGAAACUCACCAAGAUUGUAGCCAUUGGUGCCUACCUGGCGUCCCCGACACUUGGAACCAACUGUUGUUUGCUCAACUCGUGUUGAGCCAAAGGCAAACGCAACAAACUUAGAUACCUAGUA